AUGGCUGUACCAGCAUACAUCAUCUCCCGGGUGGCUGAUCCGAUCUUCGCCGUCGCGAUUGGUAUUGGUGCUGCUGCCACCCGCAUCAACCGCGAGGAGAAGGAAAAGGGCAAAACGAGCAGCGAGACAUGGCAAACAGCUCUACGUCGUAUUGGCUUGUCAAAGACGUCUCCGUAG